UAGGGAGCAGUUUUGGGACUUGUCCCGCUUUACCCGGGACUUCUGUCCCCCGCACACCUACCUCCGAGGGACAGGUCGGGUGUGUGGCAGCAGUCCAGACAAUAUUACUGAUUUUUGUACACACAAAUCGGGGACGGUGCGUUCAGCCCUCCCGAGAGGGGGCUGGUACUUUCGUUCUAAAGCUCUCGUUUCCUCGGGGAACAAAAUUGCUAGACGCUAUAGGUGCGUUGUGUUUCGUCUUCCCCGUUCUCUCCGAGGGCCAGAAGGGGUUAAAUCUCAGACUCCAGCUUCGUUGAUGAAAGUGAGGCUGCGAAGUCUGAGGUGAAGUUAUAAUUAUUUGAUAUGUUUCCACUGACUGAGGAAAACAAGCAUGUGGCCCAGCUGUUGUUCAGUACUGGUUCAUGUCCAAGAUGUAUCUUCAGAUUCUGUGGUGUGGAUUUGCAUGCACCUUACAAACUUUCCUACAAGGAGUUGCUCUAUGAACUACAGAAAUUUCUGGAAACUGAAAAAGGUGAAUUAAUUUUGGAAGUUCCAAACCCACCUCCCAAGAAAAUUCGACUACAAGAAUUAGAAGACAGGAUUAAUAAUCUGAGUCAAAAUGGAGAGGGAAGGGUCUCCAGUACUGAAGAUGGAAACAUUGCUUCCAAGACCUCAAAUUUGAAUGUAUGCAAUGUAUGCCUUGGAAUUCUUCAAGAAUUCUGUGAAAAAGAGUUCAUUAAAAAGGUGUGCCAAAAGGUUGAGGCCUCUGGAUUUGAAUUCACCAACUUGGUAUUUUCAGUCUCCUUCCCACCACAGCUAUCUGUAAGAGAGCAUGCUGCAUGGUUGCUGGUAAAACAGGAAAUGGGAAAGCAGAAUCUGUCACUGGGAAGAAAUGACAUAGUUCAGCUAAAAGAAGCCUACAAAUGGAUAACUCACCCGCUGUUUUCAGAGGAACUGGGUGUUCCUGUUGAUGGAAAGAGCCUGUUUGAAGUGAGUGUGGUCUUUGCCCACCCAGAAACAGUUGAGGAUUGCCACUUCCUACGUGCAAUAUGCCCAGAUUGUUUCAAGCCAGCCAAAAACAAACAGUCAGUAUUCACUAGAAUGGCAGUUGUGAAAGCUUUGAAUAAGAUAAAAGAAGAGGAUUUCCUCAAGCAGUUCCCUUGUCCUCCAAACUCACCAAAGACUGUAUGCACUGUUCUUGAAAUUGAAUGCGCUCAUGGUGCUGUUUUUGUGGCUGGGAGGUAUAAUAAAUACUCCAGGAAUCUACCACAAACUCCUUGGAUAAUUGAUGGAGAAAGGAAGCUGGAAUCUUCAGUGGAAGAAUUAAUUUCAGAUCAUCUUUUGACAGUAUUCAAAGCAGAGAGUUUUAAUUUUUCAUCCUCUGGAAGAGAAGAUGUUGAUGUGAGAACAUUAGGAAAUGCCCGAAUGUUAACUCCAUCAACACGUUUCUGUUUCACGGCGGGGUGUGUGCUGCCAGGAAGGCCCUUUGCAAUUGAGCUGGUGAAUCCUCAUAGAGUACAUUUCACUUCACAAGAAAUUAAGGAACUUCAGCAGAAAAUUAAUAAGUCAUCUAACAAAAUCCAAGUCCGUGACUUGCAGCUUGUCACAAGAGAAGCAAUAGGACAUAUGAAAGAAGGUGAAGAAGAAAAGACCAAGACCUAUAGUGCCUUAAUAUGGACAGAUAAAGCAAUACAGAAGAAAGACAUUGAAUUCCUAAAUGACAUAAAGGACUUAAAGAUCGACCAGAAAACACCUCUCCGGGUCCUUCACCGGCGGCCCCUGGCUGUACGAGCUCGUAUCAUUCACUCCAUGGAGACACGCUAUGUGGAUGAGCACCAUUUCCGCCUCUACCUGAAGACGCAGGCUGGAACUUACAUUAAAGAAUUUGUACAUGGAGACUUCGGGAGAACCAAGCCAAACAUUGGCUCUCUGAUGGAUGUGACUGCAGACAUUCUUGAGCUGGAUGUUGAGGUAAACCAUUUUAUUGUGGAAAUGCCCGUUUGUACCUUGAAUUCAAAAGUAUGCUUCUUUGGCAUUAAGUCAAAUAGUACUACUCACCUUAAGAGGUGUUCAAAAAUGGUGAGAAUCUUAUAAUAGCAUUAUAAUGCAGGGAGGGUCUAUCUUGGAAUUUUUAUAUCUUAAAAAAAACAAGGUCUUAUUUAUGAUUCUCGCAAAUAUGUAGCUAACUUAUUGUUCUUUACACAUGUCAUAAGAUCUAAACCCUUAAAACAAGCAUGGAAAUGAAGUUGUAAGUGCCUUUCCUAUGUCCUUUGAUUCUGUACUUCAUUCCCAUACUAAUUUUGUCUUACAAAGAAUUUAAGGCAGCCUACUCAGAAAUGUAUGUUCAAGAUAGGUAGGGAAUGCGGUGAGCCAGUGGUUAUUAAUGAAAGCAGUUCUAUGGACCCCUAGAAUGUGGUCCAAAUUCUCCACUUUCAUAAUCUGAAUUGGAACAAGGUUAACUUUGUAAGUAACUGGAAUGGACAGAAUGGAUCUUUCCGGAAGUUCUCCAUAAGUAGUUUUCUCAUUUGAGUAUCUGCAGGUAUUGAGUCCUGAGUUGUGCUCCCAUUAGGAAUAGAGUUCUUCCCCACCCCCACCCCUCCAAUUUUGGGAGAGGCUGACAUUUUGUACUUGGAACUUGUACCUGUUAUAAAGAGAAGUGAGUAUAGUUGCCUAGGGUAAAAGCAGCUAUGGUAGUCCAGAGAUCACUGGAGCAUUAUCACCUCACCGACGGUUCUCUUGAGAGCUUUCAGAUUAGAUCAUACUCAGCUCAGCUGGUGAUAGCGUCUUCAGAGUUGCAGGUGGCCUCCUCAAAGAGAGUAUCAUUUGGAUGAAGAUACUUUUCUGUUAAAGAAAACCCCAGUUGUACUUGUCUUCUUUACUUUACUCUGUAGAACAGUUUAGGAAUGUCAGAGUCACAGGCCAGUGUUUCUCAGCUCUGAUUAUCCAUUAGAAUCGCUUGUAGAGCCUUUUCAACCUUAUAGCAUGCUUGCCCUCCCCUGUGUGUGACACAUGCUGAUCAUGAUCAGAAAGGUUUAGUUUUCAGGCUUGAGAAACCACCCAUUACCUUAUAUGUGGGUGUUGGGUAUAUGGCUAUAUUCUGAAACAGUACGAAAAUAUUUUCUUGGGAUUUGUAAAAGGUACACAUGCAAUACUUGGGCUUUUGUAAUAAAAUUUUUCUGAAUCUGGUAUGUGAGGUGACUCACUGAUCAACCUAAAAAUCCAAGUUUUUAACUUUACAUCCCAAAAACAACACAGUACAGCAGAUUUUUUAAAAACUUUCUCCUAAAUUAGGCCCUCCAGGGUAGUUAAGAUGAGGUGCAAUUUAAUACUUCUAACCCCUGGAAUGUGGCACAAAAUAGUCUGGUACUGUAAUUUCAUUUGGUUUUGUUUUAGAAGAACUAGACCAGGGCGAGUAGAAAUAUGGGAAAAGGAAAAGGAUCAGAAGAAUAAAAGUUGCUGAGAUUUCAGAGGGAAAGUUGGUAUUGCCAACUGAAUGUUCACUUUUAACUUAGCUACUUUUGCUAAUUAAAAAAUUUUAAGUGUGCUCUAGUCUCUUAUCAGUCAAAAGGCACAUUUAUUAACCAGCUGAGUAACCAAAUACUUAAUAAAUUCAGCAACAGACUGCAGAUCCAAGAAUCCCAAGGCCUAGAAUUGGGUUUAGGAUGUUAAAUUGUAUUCAUUGGCUCUUUUCUUUAAAUGUGAUUUCUUCUGUUAUAGUAAUAUUAGGAGUAUUAAAUUUAUACAGCAUUAUCAGCAAGUGCUUCCUAGAACAGCAAUAUGUUUUA